AUAAUUUCCGUGCCAGGACUUGUUUUCGAAAGUGGUCACACAUCUUCCCACAUGGAGAAAGCAACCAGAGCUAUACGCCGGAGCGGUGUGCGUCUUAAGUCCAUGAACUCCGGGCAUACGGACCUCGCCUUAGUCAUCUCUGGACUCAGAGACAUGAGGAUGGGCUUGCGAAGCUUCCAAAAUGCUCAAACAGCAGUGGCUCAAGACAUGAUGGUGUGGGCGCACACCGACGAGAAUCGCGCUAUUCAGGACGUUAUGGAACAAAUCAAUGAACUGCAUAAUUUCUGGGCGGAUUCACAGAAGGAUUUUCUCGAGAAUCUGAAAGCUUUCCGACAUCAGUAUGAGAUGAUACUCGAAGGUGAAAAAGUUGUGGACUCAGCAAGAGCCAACCUGGCCCAGGCCGAGCAGAGAGAGUACAAGAUCAAGAAAGAAAUUAAGAAAAAUGCAAAGAAAGCCUCAGUUGAAGAAAUGAUGAGCAUGGAAAUGAAACUGUCAGACGCCGAACGGGAGAAAGAUCUAUGUCAAUUCGAAGCCGUCGAGAAAAUCCAAGAGAAUGAGGUUUGCAAACUCAUACGCCUCAAAGAAGGAUUGACCAAGUUGAGCGACGGCUACAUAGAGAUGGCGCACAAGAUGGCUAUCAUCUUCGACGCCCAGAAGGAAGUCGUUCAAGCACUGCCCGAUGUUCACGACACUGCGAUUCACGAGCUCAAAUACACUGGUAGCGGUUUUACGAAGCAAGCCGUUCACAAGGCAAAAACCAGGAUCGAAAAAUAUCACGCUCUCAAAUACAGGCUGGUUCCGCAUGGCGUCGAUGAACCCCCACCACCAUACACGCCGGGAUACUACGAUCCGGUUACGGGGCUUCCGUACGAGCACGACACAACAUCGAAUGACGUUCGAUUAAGACCCGCGCGGAGAACGGAGCCCAGAGCCCCACCGCUCGAAGAACGAGGGACUCUCGCGAGGGACUACUCGAGCGACGAAGAAGACUUACAGCGAUUAGGAGCUCAUAAACUGUGAGGAAGACGACCAUGGUCAGGCCUGGCCCAAACCCGGUGCUUGAGACCAAUGUCUUUCCUCCGGCACGAUUGGUUGAAAUUGAUUGUUCGUAUCU